UGCCCCAUCAGGGCUCUGCCCCAUCAGGGCUCUGCCCCAUCAGGGCUCUGCCCCAUCAUGGCGCCUCUCCUGUGCUUUUAUUUAUUCCUAAUUUUCCUUUAAUCUUCGGAAGUAGCCUGUGAUUUUUUAGUUGCAUCUAAAGUUUAAAGCUAGUGUCAUUGAACUUGGGAUUAAGAACAAUCAACCAUGACGACCGAAUCUGGCUCAGACUCAGAAUCCAAGCCCGAGCAGGAGGCCGAGCCCCGGGAGGCAGCAGGUCCGCAGGGUCCCGAGAGGGCCCAGCCGGGGCCGGAGGAGCAGCACCAGGCCUUAGAGCAGUUCGCAGCCGCUGCGGCGCACAGCACCCCCGUGAGGAAGGAGGUCACUGACAGGGAACGGGAAUUUGCUGCUGGGGCUGCAAAACAGCUCGAAUAUCAGCAACUGGAAGACGAUAAACUCUCCCAGAAAUCAUAUAGCAGUAAACUCUCUCGAUCUCCACUCAAGAUUGUCAAAAAGCCGAAAAGCAUGCAGUGCAAAGUGAUACUUCUAGACGGCUCAGAGUAUACCUGUGAUGUGGAGAAACGCUCCAGAGGCCAAGUGCUGUUUGAUAAAGUAUGUGAACAUCUGAACUUGCUAGAAAAAGAUUACUUUGGGCUUACAUAUCGAGAUACUGAAAACCAGAAGAAUUGGUUGGACCCUGCUAAGGAAAUUAAAAAACAGAUUCGAAAUGGUGCUUGGCAGUUUUCAUUUAAUGUGAAAUUUUACCCACCAGACCCCGCCCAGCUAUCUGAAGAUAUCACCAGGUACUACCUCUGCUUACAAUUGCGAGAUGACAUCGUGUCCGGGAGGCUGCCCUGCUCCUUUGUCACGCUUGCCCUGUUGGGCUCCUACACUGUCCAGUCAGAACUUGGAGACUAUGACCCUGAUGAAUGUGGAAAUGAUUACAUUAGUGAGUUCCGCUUUGCACCCAAUCACACUAAAGAACUGGAAGAUAAAGUGAUCGAGCUGCACAAGAGCCACAGAGGAAUGACGCCAGCAGAAGCCGAGAUGCAUUUCUUGGAAAAUGCCAAAAAAUUAUCCAUGUAUGGGGUAGAUUUACAUCAUGCCAAGGAUUCUGAAGGAGUAGAAAUUAUGUUAGGCGUUUGUGCGAGUGGUCUGUUGAUAUAUCGUGACCGACUGCGGAUAAAUAGAUUUGCCUGGCCUAAGGUUCUAAAAAUCUCAUACAAACGGAACAACUUCUACAUUAAGAUCCGCCCGGGAGAGUUUGAACAAUUUGAAAGUACCAUUGGGUUUAAACUGCCAAACCAUCGAGCUGCCAAGCGUUUAUGGAAAGUGUGUGUUGAGCACCAUACGUUUUUCAGAUUGUUGUUACCAGAAGCACCUCCAAAGAAAUUCCUUACCUUGGGUUCCAAGUUUCGUUAUAGCGGCAGAACGCAAGCCCAAACGAGAAGAGCCAGCGCACUGAUAGAUCGUCCAGCCCCUUACUUUGAACGCUCCUCCAGCAAACGUUACACCAUGUCGCGCAGCUUGGAUGGAGCAUCAGUGAAUGAAAACCAUGAAAUAUACAUGAAGGAUUCUGUGUCUGCUGCAGAGGUUGGUACUGGCCAGUACACCACAACAAAGGGCAUCUCUCAGACCAACUUGAUCACCACUGUGACUCCGGAGAAAAAGGCCGAGGAGGAGCGUGAUGAGGAAGAGGAUAGACGGAAAAAGGCCGAGGAAGCCACUGCUGCCGCGGCCGCACGGCCUGAGGGAAAGUCACCUGGGCUUGGCACUGACUCAUGUUCCCUGUCCCCCCCAUCAGCCCACUCACGCCCUGCAUCUCCCACAGAGCUCCGUAGGAGGUGUAAGGAGAAUGACCGCCCACCUCCGGGUGGCAGACCUUCGAAAGACACCGUGCCUGCGCACGGAGAGCCCUCCGUGGACUCUGACGGCCAAGGGAAGCCGUACCUAGCGGACCAAGAUGUGGCUUUUAGCUACAAACAGCAAACUGGCAGAGGGGCCACCCUGUUCUCCUUCUCCUUGCAGCUCCCGGAGUCAUUCCCUUCUCUUCUAGAUGACGAUGGGUACCUCUCUUUCCCCAACCUGUCCGAAACCAACCUCCUCCCCCAGAGCCUGCAGCAUUACCUCCCGAUUCGCUCACCCUCCCUCGUGCCCUGUUUCCUCUUCAUCUUUUUCUUCCUGCUCUCAGCCUCCUUCUCAGUGCCAUAUGCCCUCACUCUCUCCUUCCCUCUGGCUCUGUGCCUCUGCUACCUGGAGCCCAAGGCGGCCUCCUUGACUGCCUCACUAGACAAUGACCCGAGUGACAGUUCAGAGGAAGAGACGGACAGUGAGCGCACGGACACCGCGGCCGAUGGGGAAACCACUGCCACUGAGGAGCUAGAUAAAACUCAAGAUGACCUGAUGAAACAUCAGACCAAUAUUAGCGAGCUGAAAAGAACCUUUUUAGAAACCUCCACAGACACUGCCAUCAUGAAUGAAUGGGAAAAGAGGCUUUCUACCUCCCCAGUGCGACUAGCCGCCAGGCAGGAGGACGCACCCAUGAUAGAACCACUUGUACCUGAAGAGACCAAAGAAGAAAGAGAGAUUUCUGAAAAGGUUAUAUUUUUGCGGCAGGGAAGCUCUUCAUUCCUUGAGUCUCAGAAAACAGAAACCAAGGCGGAGUCCAGCGAAACAGAGACCGAAACAGCCCAGCCUCCCCAGCCACUUAGCACGGAGAAGGUUGUUCAGGAAACGGUGGUGGUGGAGGAAAGACGUGUGAUGAAUGUGCAUGCAAGUGGGGAUGCUUCUUACGCGGCUGGAGAUGACGCGGAUGCUGCAGCACAGGCAGCAUCUGCUGGUGCUUCUAGCGUUAAAGGGAAGGAGGGCUCUGCUCUGACGGAGGGGGCUAAAGAGGAGAAAGGGGAGGUGGCCGAUAAAGCUGUCCUGGAACAGGAAGAAAUGGCCACUGCUUCCCGUGAGCCAGAGGAGGAGCAGAGUGUAACAAUCCACGUUUCUGAAACUUUGGAACAAAAACCUCAUUUUGAGUCAUCCACUGUGAGGACAGAAACCGUCAGUUUUGGCAGUGUGUCACCAGGAGGAGCAAUGUUCGAAAUGUCUACCAAGGAACUGCCCGUCGUUCACACAGAAACCAAAACCAUAACAUACGAAUCCUCAGAGGUUGAUCCUAGUGCUGAUUUGGAGCCCGGCGUGCUAAUGAGUGCACAGACGAUCACAUCUGAAACCACCUGUUCCACGACCACCACCCACAUCACCAAAACUGUGAAAGGAGGCAUUUCAGAGACAAGAAUUGAGAAGCGAAUAGUCAUCACGGGCGAUGCGGACAUCGACCAUGACCAGGCGCUGGCUCAGGCAAUUAAAGAGGCCAAAGAGCAGCACCCUGACAUGUCAGUGACCAAAGUAGUGGUCCAUAAAGAGACAGAGAUCACACCGGAAGACGGAGAGGAUUGACCCCAGGAAUAACUUAGCCUGCACAGGAAUCCAGUCAUGCAAACCAUUAGGAAAACCAGAGCCUAUAUGGAGUUCUUUCUUCUCACCCCACUGACUUGUAUCUGCCCGUGGAAACUUUCAAUCCAGAAGAACAAACCUUGACCGUUAAUUAAAGACACUGGCAGAGAAAUCUUCCCAUAAUAAAGCAAUCCGAAUCAGCAGCACUAAACUGAUAUUGCAUGAAGCAACGAUAAAAUUACAAAAGAGCAGCAUUUUUAAUUUUCACAAAGUGUCUAAGUUUUCAGCUAUACCUGCACGUUCAUAACCAACAAUAUAAACCGUGAUCUCAUGUAACACAUAACCAAUCCAUGCCUUUUAUAGUUUAUUAUCAUUAAAGUCUAAACAAAAUUGCA